AUGCCACGCGACGUGUUCCCUUUCCUCGACCUGAGUGCCGAGCUCAGAAACGAGAUCUACAUCCUGUCGCUUCAACAACCCACCCCGAUGCACCUCGAAUAUCUCCGCGGCAUCAGAACUUCCGAAAAGGACAACACCAGUCCCCGCCAGAGUCCACCAGCCAAGAGGGAACUCACUUGUAGCCUCCUACGUACGUGCCGACAGAUCAACCACGAGGCGACCUCAAUCCUCUACGGCUACAACACUUUUGCGCCUUCUUUGGGAGACUGCUCAUACCUUCGCCUCUUCCUUAAGCAGCUUGGCAGUUGUAUCAAGCUCAUUCGACAUGUCGAGCUACCGUCUUGCUACAAUGCUAGGUUACCUAGUGUACGCCAAGUCUUUCAUCUGCUGAAGCAGGCAGCUAUGCUCGAGUCUGUCACGUUUAGUGCCGAGUAA